CGGCAGAUCUGUACUAUGCGCUAUGUUUCCACAGUGCUUGGGAAACUGUAGUUGUUUUCUAGUUCUUCAGCACAAUGCAACUGGCAACAGAGUGCUGAGUUUUACUAUUAGUCCAUCACGUCUUGUCCCAUAUCUCUAUUAAUGACGGGAGUUCGGAGAGUCGCAAUAACUGGUUUGGGGGUCUGUACACCUUUGGGUUUCAGUGCAUCAGAAUUAUGGGCGAAUCUUUUGAAAGGCUCUUGUGGAAUAUCAAAGACGCUUGGUAUUUUUGUGUUGAUUUUCAUGACCCAUAGAUGAAUUUUCUUUUUUGCCUAGUCAGGUUUUUGGGAGCAUCGAUAAUCAAAAAUUGGAAGAACGAAAGUCUUUUGUAGAGUCUGAAGUCUAUAAAUCAUAUGGUUUGGAUAUUUCUAAUGAUUGGAGAUCUGUGUCACGUGCUAGUACUCUAGGUAUUAUUGCAACUUAUGAAGCUUUCAAACAGGUGAGGUGGAAAGCAAACUCAGGUUAUCGAGCAGGUGUUUGCUUUGGAGUGGGGUUGGACGGUCCAAAUGAAGUUAUGAAUACAUCAUCAGGAAUUUUAGCCAAGAAAUACUCUAUUAUUGGGCCUCAUGCUUUAACAAGAACACUCGGUAAUAUCCCAGCUGCCAUAAUAAGUCGAAUUUGGGGACUACGGGGACCGUGUAUGACAGUCAACACCGCAUGCGCUGCUGGCCUACACUGCAUUGGCGAAGGCUUCCGUAUGAUUCAGAACAACGAAGCUGACUUGGUUGUUACUGGUGCAUGUGAAUCUCCUUUGAAUGCCUGGGUAAUCGCUGCUUUUUGUCGACUACGUGCAUUAUGUACACAAUUUAAUGAUAAUCCUGAAAAAGCCUCUCGUCCAUUUGAUUCCUUGCGAAAAGGAUUUGUGUUAUCUGAAGGUGCAGCUACAGUUGUAUUACAGGCAUGGCCUCCUCCAGACAGUUUCUUAAUGGAAUCAUUUACGGAAACACCAAAACCGAUAGCUGAAGUUAUUGGUUUUGGAAGGUCUGGAGAUGCACAUCAUUUGGUUGCACCUGAUACAACAGGAAAUGGAGUACUUCGAAGUAUGCUAAAUGCCUUCAGAGACUCAAAACUUAAACAUUUCAAUCAAAUUGGACACAUAAAUUGUCAUGCAACAUCCACCCCUGUUGGUGAUUUAACAGAGCUGAGCGCUAUUGCACAAAUGUUUGGUGAAUAUUUUAAUCCUCAAUACCAUACAUCUGUUGUAAUCAAUUCAAUUAAAGGUCACCUUGGUCAUUGUUUGGCAGCAGCCGGUGCCAUAGAAACCGUGUACGCUGCUUUAUCUGUUAAUCAGAAUCGAAUUUGUGGAAACCUCAACCUGCAUAAUCCAAUCUCAAUUUCUGAGUUGUUGGAGGUUCUAAAUUCUAAUUCCAGUUCUUCAACUAGUAUAUCUUCUAAUGAAAAGUGUAUAGAUCUGUUUAAGAACUAUGCUGUACUUCCUAGACACGAUCAAACACAAGUUACGUGGCCCGAUAGUCAUCGACGUAUUGUUAUGACUAACUCAUCCGGAUUCGGUGGGACAAAUGGAACUCUUUUAAUUUCAGAAUGGACGGAUUAGUAUGAUAUGUAUUUCACUGUAUUUUAUAGAUUCUAUCCAAUAAUUUUUCAUCAAUGA